CCAGAGAGAGAGAGAGAUAGAUAGAGAGUUAUUGUAAUCGAUUGAUAAACAACAUGCACAGUGAGGCGACGUGAGAUCGAUAUCUAGAUGUUGUGUUUAGUUGGAAGACUUCUUGUGUCCGUCUAGUUGGAGAUAUUAAAGACAAAAUAUGUCACUGGGGCGAUAUAUAUUUUUGCGCUGAAUAUGCAUAUAAAUUUUGAUAUUGAAACAUUUUAAAGGCUAAUUAGUGUCGGGAGGGAAGACUGGGAAAGAGAAGACUUGGGGAGAGAUUCGAAGACUGGGGAAAAGAGACUGGGGGAGUGAAGACUAUCAGUUCUCAUAAAGCCGACCUCAGUUAGAUCGGGCAGUUAUGGUGAAGCCAUUUAAAAGACGAUGCAUUGUAACAUUCUUCGCUGGAACUGUCUUAAUAUAUACAACAAUUAACAUAUACGUAACAAUUUGCAAUCGACGAAGAUUGAAACCUCCAACUUUUAUGCAAAAGUAUCUUGGACAAAAGCCAAAGAUUCAUUUUGAAGAUGGGUACACAUCAGCAACACUAGGUUCUAGGUUUCAAGCGUGUAUCCAUCCAAAUCUGUCACUAUGGAACAAGGAAUUUGAAAACUAUUUUGAAAAGGUCGAACCAAUAAAAUGUACCGAUGAAAUGGACUGGGUAUAUACCGGAAAUGGGAGGUUUUACAUUUCACAGUCUGCAGUAAAUAAAUAUGGCGAAAUCAAAUGCGCAUAUGUGCCGGUUGUAAAUUCUAAUGACGAAAGUAAAGAUUUAAAGCCCACCAUCCCAAUGUUAAACGGAAGUGCGCUUGUUUCUGACGCUUUCAAAGUUUCAUGCAAAUCUGCAAAAGGACAUAAAUAUGCUAAUGUUCAUGCAUGCAUUGCUCCAACUACGAACAGAGUACCAUUUGCAAACGCAUCAGCAACAGAUAGAUAUAAUGUAUUAGUUUUCGGAUUUGAUUCGAUUUCACGUCAGACGUUUAUGAGAUUAUUGCCAAAAACUCACAAGUAUUUCACUGAAGUAUUGGGUGGUUCCCUGCUUGAAGGUUAUAACAUUGUUGGAGAUGGUACCACUCAAGCCUUAAUGCCAAUUCUUACGGGAAAACGGGAAACAGAAAUACCAGAAGUUCGGAGAGGAAAGCGGGGAGCAAAGUAUGUUGACCAAAUACUAGAAUUUAUUUGGAAACGUUAUGAAAGGAAAAAUUACGUAACACAGUGGGGCGAAGACCUUGCAAAUAUAGGAACCUUUAAUUAUAGACUGCUUGGGUUCAAGGACCAGCCUGUCAAUCACUAUAUGAGACCGUUCUACUUGGCUGCCAUGCCCAUUUAUGGUCACUUUAACCGGUACUGUUUAGGUUCCAGAACGAGACACGCGGUUUAUAUUGAUUGGCUAAAAGAAGGAUUGGAGUCUAAUAAAGGGAGAAACUUCUUUACAUUUGGAUUUUUCUCAGAGUAUUCACACAGCAACAACAACCCUGUCGUGUUGGCAGACGAUAACAACGUCGCUUUCUUUGAAUACCUUAGAAAUAAUAAAUAUCUUGAUAAAACGUUUCUUAUAGUUAUGAGUGAUCAUGGUGCAAGGUUUGGAUCUAUUCGAAUGACAGAGCAGGGUAAACUAGAAGAAAGAAUGCCAUAUUUUGGUGUGUACGUACCGCCUAAAUUCAAAACAACAUACCCCGAAAAGUAUGAAAAUCUUUUAACCAACACAAAACGGCUAGUUAUUCCGUCAGACAUUCAUGAGACUUUCUUGGACAUAAUUGGGGGAAACAAUCAUCAAAGGUAA